GGGGGAUGCAUCUCGCUUCGCUGCGUCUGGCUCGGAUCGGAGCGGGCGGUUUUUCAGGAGGGAAACUUUACAAGGUUUAACGGGAUUUGUGCACGAUUAAUUCAUUUCGCUUAAUUACCAGCGACAGUGCAGCCAUACUGAAAGGAGUCCACACAUCAUGUCAGGCAUUGCAUUGAGCCGUCUUGCCCAGGAGCGCAAGGCUUGGCGGAAGGACCAUCCUUUUGGAUUUGUUGCUGUACCUACGAAAAACCCCGAUGGAACCAUGAAUCUCAUGAAUUGGGAAUGCGCUAUUCCUGGAAAAAAGGGGACUCCGUGGGAAGGAGGCCUGUUCAAACUGCGCAUGUUGUUCAAAGACGACUAUCCGUCUUCACCUCCGAAAUGUAAAUUUGAGCCCCCACUCUUCCAUCCAAACGUGUAUCCAUCAGGCACAGUAUGCCUAUCUAUUCUAGAGGAGGACAAGGACUGGAGACCAGCUAUCACAAUAAAGCAGAUCUUAUUAGGUAUCCAGGAACUCCUAAAUGAGCCAAAUAUCCAGGAUCCAGCCCAAGCAGAGGCUUACACGAUCUACUGCCAAAACAGAGUAGAAUAUGAAAAAAGAGUUCGAGCACAAGCCAAAAAGUUCUCCCCCUCGUAAGGCGGGGGCCGGCUCCGCUGCGGCAGAAGGAAUGGGUUUAACAAGAAUCACCUCCCCACUCGGUCUCUCAAUGAAUGUGCUCCUCUCACAUCGGGACUCGCUUAAAGACUUCUAUUUAAACUCCACACAUUCUGUGCCAUCCGCUCCCCUCCAACUUUAUUUUUUUAUUUGUAUUUUUCCUCCUCCUCCUCCUCCUCCUCCUCCUUCCCCCACUUAAUUGCCGGUUGGCGCGUUUUGCCGAGAGGGGACGGGCGCCCGAGCGCCCCGGCCGUUUCUUUUAAAACAUUUAAUUGUCUUAUGUGGUGCAAAAGGACUCCGCUCGGUACCGGUCUCAUCCGCGCCACGCAAGCAGGCUGUCUUCAAUGUUCAAGGAAAGAAGUGUCACGUUUUAUUUUGCUCCCUCACAGGGUCUGUUCCUUUGUCCCCCCCCCCUCUCUCCUCCCCAUCUCUUUAUUUUUCCAUAAAUUUAAUGUAAAAUUAGCUUAUUUCAUUGUCAGUAUUUCAACUGCUGUAUAAUGAAUGGCACUUUUAUACUGUUGUAUCUCACUAGUGUCUCUAGAUUGUCCUGUCUAAUUCUUUCCCAGGUUUUCUAUUCAGCAUGCUGUAAUAUACCAUAGAUUAUGCUGCCUUGGCUGUCAUUUUGUUAUUCAGAGUGUUUGCUAUGGAAUAAAUAAAAAUGGCCACAGUGACUGAGGCAGGUAGGCUUACUUCUGUAUCAGACUUUAAGGUUAUAUGGUGCUUUGUUCAUGUAUGUGUUG